CGUUACCUGAACCGUACGCACAACAGCAACCUCGACCGACCUGACUGUCCUCAAACCCUGCAAACCUAGCUCGUCGGUCGAUCCAAAGCCAAAAGAACCGCAAAGCAGCAGCCAUGAGGACCGGCCUCCUCCUACUUCUUGUCAUGGGCGUCGUGGCCGUGAUUCAGGCCGCCGCCCCACGCCCGCUCAACCACCCCAGGAUGAGGAUCCAGGAGCUCCGCGAGCGGGCGAAGGCGGAACACGUCAAGCGGCGUCCGAACGACGGGACGAUCAUGUUCGGCGGACUACGCCCGCUCAAGAACAUCGACCACCCGAGGAUCAAGGAGCUCGGCGAGUGGGCGGUGGCGGAGCACGUCAAGCGCGCCAACGACGGGCUCAAGUUCGGCAGGGUGGUAAGUGGCGAAGACCAGAUUGUGGCCGGCAUGAACUACUUCUUGCUCAUCCAGGCGAUCAACGGCGACGGCGAGAACGGGAUUUACAAGGCGCGGGUGUACGAGCAGAGUUGGACCAACACACGCGAGCUCGUCUCCUUCGGGCCCGCUAACUGAGCCAAGUUGAUCCGGCCGCCGCCACGGUUGGGCUAACGGAGAAGAGUUUU